CAGCGCCCGAACCGGAAUUUUGCUCCUGCCAACGUUACAGCGCUAAAUUUUCGCCGUCCGCGAAAGUGGGACAACAGCCAGAAAAGAAAAUUAAAUUAAAUUAAAUCACUGAAACGGCACUGUUUCCCCCCAGAACUAGUGCUACAUUACACAGGCCCCAACCGCCAUCAAUCUCCCGUUGCAACCCAUUGCCCUUGACCGCCUACCACUGUUUAAAUUUUAACGCCAUUUAUCCCGCGCGCAGUGGCUAUUUCAAAGCAUCCACCCAUCCACAACAACGGAACAUUGCUUUGACCGCUAGAAAUUAAAUAUAUAAUCCAUUUAUCAAUGGCCCAGGAGCAUCCCGUCUUUCCGUUCGACAUGUUUUCAUCGCUAUCUAGUAUGAAGUCUAGCGACCAGUCCACGCCAACUGGCAGCCAGGACCCGUUUGCUUUUAACCCCCGUUCCUUCGACAUCGAGAUGAGCCAGGAUAAGACCACUGAAAUUUCCUAUCAACCCAAUGAAGUUUCUAGCCAAGUCAAGGACAUUUCCAUUCAAGUCCCCGAAGAAAUUAAGCCCGAUCUGACGUCUAGUGAAACCUCCGAUGAGACAGAAAGUCACACCGUACUGUCUGCGAUCCCCAUCCAUGGAUCUUUCGCUUUCAUCAGCCAAACAACUUCUGAUCCAGACAACUCCAUGAGCCAAGACACUCUUAACGCUUCCUUUUCGUUUAGUGCCUCCCAGCCUACCGUUGAGCCCUUGAGGAAGCCCACCUCAGACAUCGCCUCGGAACAGCCUGCGUUAAAGGAGAUCCUCCCUAAGCUAAUCACACCUGCCCCUGAGUCUGAGGAAACACCUGUGGCUCCAAAACGGAAGCGAGGUCGCCCUAAGAAGGUUGUCGCACAGGUUGCGCCGCCGCUAGAGAAACGCAAAAGAGGCCGCCCCAGAACGCGUCCAGUGGAGGAGACUGCCACCAAACCGAGAAAAUACACCAAGAAAACUCGCGAUGAAAACGGAAAGUCGUUGCUCCACACGGGCAGACCAAAAACCAAAGCCGUAUCGUUUAUGGGGAUCUUGAUGCAGAGAAAGCUCGCAAGGGGCGAGGAAGUGGAGGAGUACAUCGAAGAAUACCCCAACACCUCGGAGGCUGAGGAUAGCGACAAGGAGAACCAAGAAGAGGUUCCGGAGCCCGAGCCAGCACCAAAGCCUACCAGAAAACUCUUGGUACGCCAACCGAAAAACGUCUCCGUCCUCCGGGUUCCGCAGGCCUUGGUUCUCCCGCCAAAACCCGUGCCAAAGGCCCCGGUUCAGGCGCCGGUACCAGUGGUGAAGCAGCGUCCGGGCGUCAAAUUGAGAAUUGGAAGCAAGCGGGCUCGUAAGGUGACCAGAAAAAACCGCUUGGAGCGGAUUCUGGUGGUGGAUCUGAAGUAUUCGCAGGUAAUUUUUGUGUUUUCCAACGCGGAAAUUUUGAUUUCGGCUCCGGAUUCGCUUGCAGUUUCGCCGACCCCGGUGGUUUCUGGAAGCACCACACCACUUUCAUUGAACGCAACCCACGACGCUUGGGUCAGAGAACGAAUUGAGCGAAAGUCGACGUUGUUCCAGCUGUUUGGUGAUUCCACCGAGAGUGAUUCGUUGUCUCUAGCUUCUCAAGAAGGGGCUCCCCAGGAGCUCCCGACGGCCCAGGACUUUACUUCGGGGUAUAUUCUAUCUCAAGAGCCUAUUUCCCAGGUAUCUAUUCCAGAUUCUGCCUCUCAAACCUCCCCCGCACCGACUCUCUUGGCCCCAAAUCCAAUGGAACUCUUGACUCCAAACCAACUCGAGCUUUUUGCUCCGGAAUCUACCCCAGUGAGUGCUUCCAACGACCAGAGCCUGGUCACACAUAACGGAGAGGCGUCUCAGAACCCUUUGCUAGAUACCGCCAACUGGUUGGCUGUGGGACAAACUGUUGCCCCCAGAAAGCGUGGCCGUCCGAGAAAGUACCCAUUGCCUGCCACAAAUGGAGUUUCAGUUGUCGGCGCUCCCGUUACCAAUGGAGCCCUGUCUGUCCCAACCUCCAACGGAGUAGUCGAAGGGACUUCAGCCCAGAUUUCAGGGCCAGUGGCCCCGUUUCCGAGAAAGCGUGGCCGUCCGCGGAUUCAUCCUAUCGGUUAUAUUCCCGCAAAGGCGGUCAAAACCGGCUCGGGCCGCCCGGGUCGUCCACCGGGGAGACCCCGCAAGCACCCGCUCCCAGUUUCCGCUUUGUUGUCCACCACUAACAUCGGCCACCCGCUUAGAGCCAUCAGAAGCAGGCAGAGCUUGUACUUCACCGCCGCGUCCAAGACCUUGCCCAACCUCCCAGGCUUGUUCAAGUCUGACAACGGGUACGUGCAGUUCAGCAGGGGCUAUCUAAAGGACAUUAUGGCUCCGGGGUUGAAGGAUGUUCCUAAAUAAUGUGUGAAGGGUGCGGGCGUUCAAGAUAGGCUCAAGAUAUGCCUGUUUUAAUGUAAUGAAUUCAUACAAAAAUACAAAUAAGCUUAAAUUUAGACCAGACGGCGCUGCG